AUUUUCUCCAGCAUCAUGCAUUCAAGAAGCACGUUUCGCUCCCACUCAACGUUACUCAAUGCCGCCAUUCACAUCUCUCUUCAUCAAUGGGCAAGAAGGCCCCUCAAGCACUGGUCACCAAUUUGAGGUCCGCAAUCCUCUAUCUGGCGAGGUAGUGGGUACCGCUGCUUCAGCGACCAGCGAAGAUUGUAAAGCUGCGAUCGACUCUGCGUCCAACGCAUUCAAGCUAUGGUCACAAACCAGCCUUGCGACUCGUCGGGAUCUUCUUUUACGAGCAGCCGAUCUCGUAGCUGCAGAAAAAUACAAAACCAAGAUUAUACAGAGCGUUAAAGAAGAAACGGGGGCAUCGGAUACGAUGGGGAUGUUCAAUUGGGGGACGACCGCAGCAUUUUUGAAGGCUUCUGCGACGCUUGUCAGAGAUUUAAGAGGGGAGAGGUUUAAUUCUGAUCGGAGCCCGGGAACAGUGGUGUGGACCGAGAAGAGACCAUUGGGCGUGAUUUUUACUCAAUCCCCUUGGAACGCACCGAUCCCUCUCACCCUCCGUGCUGUCCUCGUUCCUAUUCUAUGCGGUAACACCGUCGUAUUCAGGCCAUCUGAGCUAAGUCCUCGAAGUUGUUCGAUCAUUUGUGAACUGUUCAAAGAGGCUGGAUUGCCCGAUGGCGUCUUCAAUUUCGUAUCCAUCUCUCGGGAAGAUACGCCACGAUUGACUGCAGAAAUUAUUGCCCAUCCUUCAGUAAGGAAGAUUACGUUCACAGGAAGCGAUCGGGUGGGAAGGAUUAUUGCCAUGGAAGCUGCUAAACAUCUUAAACCGUGCGUUUUGGAACUAGGUGGAAAAGCUCCUGCAGUGGUUCUGAACGACGCCAACGUCCAAGAAGCAGCAAAAGCCAUUGUCACCGGUGCCAUGCUCCACUCCGGCCAGAUAUGCAUGUCUACCGAACGUGUUAUUGUACAAAGCGAAAUUGGGGAAGCCCUCACGGAAGCAAUCAUCAACCUUACCAAGAAACUGAAAGCCGGAGAUCCUAAAAAGGAAAAACUGGGACCACUUUUCUCUGAAGACCACGCCGAGGGCGUGUUGAACCUAUUACGCGAAUCGCAAAUGGGAGGAGCUCAAAUACUGUUUGGGAAUGUCUCCAGGCAGGGGGCCGUCGUGGGACCACAUGUGGUGACGGAGGUGAAACCUGGGAUGAGAUUGUGGGACCGGGAGUCGUUCGGGCCGGGUAAGCAGUUUAACCCGUUCGUUUAUACUCCCGGUACUCCCGGAUGCUCACCCUUGUAUAUUUAGUGGUCGUCCUUUCCAUCGUCGAAACUAUUGACGAAGCUGUGGAACUCGCGAAUGCUUCGGAUUACUCAUUGACCUCUUCACUCUGGACGUCCGAUCUCUACAAGGCUCACGAAGUUGCGUUGAGGAUCAAUGCGGGGUACACGAAUAUCAAUGGAAGUACGAUCCAUUCUGAACCGACCGUCGGACUAAUUGGCUUAGGCGGCUCUUCGGGUUAUGGUCGUUUCGGAGUGGACGACUUCACUUACGAAAAAUCGGUGGUGGUUCAUCCGGUGGGACAGCCGUCAUUAUUGUUCGAUUGAAGUUUGUAUUCUUGCAACGAUGUAAGGUAUAAUACAACAAGGAUAUCAUGGAUACGAUGGAG